AUGCAACAACAGGAGGAGAACCAGCCGCCUAUUGAGGCAGAAGACUCUGGAGUUGACGAUGCUUCCUCGGUCGGAGGCUUCUCAUCAGACGAAUCUAGCGCUUCGCUGAGAUCGAGCAUUCUAGACUAUCGCCGCGAGAACGGUCGGACGUACCACCGCAUGAGCGAUGGGAAAUACGCCCUACCAAACGACGACCGAGAGCAGGAGCGCCUCGAUAUGGCGAAUCAUAUCUGGAUGCUCGCCAUAGACGGCGACUUUUGCAAAUGCCCCAAGAACGACGGCACCACGGCCAAACGCGUCCUCGACCUCGGAACGGGAACGGGAGUCUGGGCGCUCGACUACGCCGACGCGCACCCUAACGCCAUCGUUCUCGGUGUCGACCUCAGUCCCAUCCAGCCCCAGUUCGUGCCUCCCAACUGCAGCUUCGAGGUGGACGAUUUAGAAAAGGAGUGGACAUGGUCGAAGCCUUUCGAUUUCAUCAUGUCCCGGAGCAUGAUGGGAAGCUUUUCGGACUGGGAAAAGACGAUUGCCCAGGCCUAUGCCCAUCUCGAGCCUGGCGGCUACUUUGAGAUCCAGGACACCCUCUGGCCUCACAUUUCGGACGAUGGCACGCUCAAAGAAGACUCUGCGCUGUACAAGUACGGACAACUCAUGGUCGAAGCGUUUAACAAGAUGGAGCGUCCCCUCGACAUUACAAAUCAAUUCCCGGCGAUGAUGGAGGCGGCCGGCUUUGAAGAGGUGACCAGAAUCCCAGUCAAGUUCCCUGCAUCGCCCUGGCCAAAGGAUAAGAAGCUGAGGGAGAUUGGCGAGUGGAGCCUGGAGAUGAUGCUGCCCGGCUUGGAAGGCAUGACUUUGGGACCGUUCACUCGUUUCUUGGGCUGGUCUGCCGCGGAGACCAUCGUCUUCUGUGCUGAGUUGAGGAAGGACCUGCUCAACCUCGACAUUCAUGCCUACUGGAACGGAUCUGUCGUAUAUGGUCGGAAACCGUUGGAAGAAGAAGAGGAGGAGGAGGAAGAGGGAUCUGAUUGA